GUGUGUGUUUCAAACUCCCGCCGCGGCUCUGAGUCAGGUUCUCACACACACACAAUCACACGUACAGCCUGCGACUGUGACAUCAGGUAAAUAUGAAGUGACUGUGAGGACGGUGCUGCAGUUCUGCAGGUUUCUGUGAAACUGGACAAACGGCGUGAAUCAGCUCAGUGGUGGAGUCAAUUUGCCUGCGGAGUGAAACGAUUUUAACUUUAACUCAGAGUUAAAGCCUUAAAAGCCUGAUUCAGAUUAAUUUUUUAAAACUUUCCAGAUAAUUUGGAACAUGUUAGGAGGUUUUAUUCAGCAUGUUGGCUUGGAGACGGCAAGUUGUUAGCAAAGGAAAGAUUUGGACCAAUCACCGCUGUAGAAUGACUUCAUACCCUGUGACAUAAGUGAGUAUCGCACAGUCUAGACGUGUUGCAGCCAUGACGUCCGAGGAGAAACCGCAACAAUGGUGGAGCUUUGCCACUCUGUUUCCGUGGUGCUACAAAGAACGUGAUCAUCGAUCAAAGUUCCCUGAAAAUGUCGUGCAGAUGCAGGUCUUGGAGCCCAUGCCUCCCCCUCAGGAGCUGGACACCCUGUUUACUGAACUGGUGAAUGAACUGGGCCUCUCAGAUCAGAAGAAAGCGGCCAUGUUUGCUUUGCCACCAGAAAAGAAGUGGGAGAUUUACUGUUUCAAUAAAAAUGAUGCAGCUGAGGAUAAAGGGGCAACCAGCUGGCCUCAGCAUUACAUCAACCAGCUCAACUCCAUGGCUGUUAUGAAGCCUGUGGUGGCAUCGGAAGAAGAAGAGCAAGUCAGGCUGAAACAGGUUAAUGGUCUGAAAACAGCGCUGCGGACUGAGCCCAUAAGUUUUGUGACCGGCUUCCUCGAUCAGGAUGGGCUCUCCUGCAUCCUUAACUUCCUCAAGUCCAUGGACUACAAUACGGUUGAAUCCCAGAUCCACACGUCUCUGAUCGGCUGCAUCAAGGCCCUGAUGAACAGCUCUGAGGGCAGAACUCAUGUCCUGGAACAUCCAGAGAGCAUCAACAUCGUCGCUCAAAGCCUAGUUGCGGAAAACAUCAAAACCAAGGUGGCCGUCUUGGAGAUCCUCGGUGCUAUGUGUAUGGUCCCAGGAGGCCAUAAGAAGGUUUUGGAUGCCAUGGUCCAAUACCAGACGUUUGCCUCAGAGAGGACUCGCUUCCAGAACCUGAUGAUCGACUUGGACCGGUCCACAGGUCGCCACGGUGACGACGUCAGCCUGAAGACGACCAUCAUGUCCUUCAUCAACGCUGUUCUCAGUCAGGGAGCAGGAGAGAGCAGUCUGAACUUCCGGAUCCAUCUGCGAUACGAGUUCCUGAUGUUGGGCAUCCAACCAAUCCUCGAUAAGCUUCGGUCCCGUGAGAACAGCACCCUGGACAGGCACAUAGACUUUUUUGAGAUGUGCAGGACUGAAGAUGAAGCUCUGAUUGCUAAACGCUUUAAAACUACCCACAUCGACACUAAGAGUGCGAGCCAGAUGUUUGACGUGAUCAAGAGUAAACUGAGCCACACUGAAGCUUACCCUCAUUUCCUGUCCGCUCUGCAGCACUGCCUCAUCAUGCCUUAUAAUAACAGCAGGAUGUCGGUUCAGUAUUGGGUGCUGUUGGACCGGAUCAUUCAGCAGCUGGUUCUGCAGACAGACAAAGGCGAAGAUCCAGAUGUGGCACCGCUGGGGGAUUUCAACGUGAAGAAUGUUCUGAGCAUGCUGGUGAAAGAAAACGAGAUGAAACGGUGGAAAGAAGAAAUGGAUGAAAUGCGAAAAGAGCAUCAGAAGCUGCAGCAGCGCCUUGAGAAGAAAGAGAGGGAGUGUGAAAGCAAGAAUAAAGAAAAAGAGGAGUUGUUUGAGAUGCUGAACAAGGUGAAAACCAAGCUGGAGCGAGAGAGCGACGAGCACAAACGAACCAAGCUACAAGUGGAGGAGCUGAACGCUCGACUGCAACAGCUCAGCUCUAGCUCAAGCAUCCCAGGAGGACCUCCAAUCACCCCUGGUGGGUUAGUUUCACCUGUUUCACUCCCCACAUCUCCUGGUUCUGCUCCUCCUCCACCACCGCCUCCUCCUGGAGCACCUCCACCGCCUCCUCCUCCUCCUGCCCCAGGACUUACUUUAGGGGUUCCAGAGAAGAAGAAAAACAUCCCCCAACCGUCCAGCCCACUGAAGUCCUUCAACUGGAGCAAAUUACCGGAGGUGAAGAUAACGGGAACCAUCUGGAAAGAAAUCAAUGAUAAAGAUGUGUUCAAAGUUCUGGAUCUGCAGGAGUUUCAGAAGACUUUCUCAGCUUACCAGCGACCAGCGAAAGUAACUGGUGAAGCCGAGUCUGUGAAAAAAGUCAAGGAGUUGUCGGUGAUCGACGGCCGUCGAGCGCAGAAUUGCAACAUCCUGUUGUCAAAACUGAAGAUGACCAACGAGGAGAUCUGCCAGGCCAUCAUGAGCAUGGAUGAUCAGGAGGAGUUGCCCAAAGACAUGUUGGACCAGCUGUUGAAGUUUGUCCCUGAGAAGAGCGACGUUGAUCUUUUAGAGGAACACAAACACGAGCUGGAACGCAUGGCCCGACCCGACCGCUUCCUGUACGACAUGAGCAGAAUCAACCACUACCAGCAGAGACUCCAGGCUCUUCACUUCAAGAAGAAGUUCAACGACCGAAUAGCCGAAGUCAAGCCUAAAAUUGAAGCUCUCAAGCUUGCCUCCACGGAGGUGAUCCACAGCCAGGCGCUCCGUCAGCUGCUGCAGGUGGUUCUGGCCCUCGGGAACUACAUGAACAAAGGACAACGAGGAAACGCCUACGGGUUCAAAGUUUCUAGCCUCAACAAGAUGGUUGACACCAAGUCCAGCAUUGACAGGAACAUCACUCUGCUGCACUACAUGAUCACUGUGCUGGAGGAAAAGUUUCCCAGAGCCGCGUCUUUCAGCAAAGAGUUGCAGAACGUUCCAGAAGCUUCUAAAGUCAACAUGACGGAGUUGGAGAAGGAAAUAAACACUCUGAAGUCUGGUCUGAAGAGCAUUGAAGCAGAGCUGCAGUACCAGCAGAAACAGUCUUCCCAGCGUCCAGUGGAUAAGUUUGUGUCUGUGGUCAGUCAGUUCAUCACCGUUGCUUCCCUCAACUUCUUAGAUGUAGAAGAUGCUUUGCAAGAAGCUAAAGAUCUGUUUGUAAAAGCACUGACGCACUUUGGAGAGGACUCGUCCAAACAGCAGCCGGACGACUUCUUUGGGAUCUUCAACACUUUCCUCUUGGCGUGCUCUGAAGCCCGGCAGGAUAACGAGGACAUGGCCCGACGGCAGGAGGAGGAGGAGAAACGGGCCCUGGCGGAGGCUCAGAAGAAGAAGGACCGGGAGCAGAGGAUGAGGAAGGCCACAUCAGUGGAGAAAGAGGAAGGAGGAGAGUUUGAUGACCUGGUGUCCGCGCUGCGAUCUGGAGAGCUCUUCGAGAAAAAAGUGAUCAAAGACAAAAAGCAAAGACAAAGACCGGCGUCGUCCAUCAGCCAGUACCAGGACAGCUAGUAACUGGGUUAACUGGAACUGAGGCGGAACCAGCGUCAUGACUGUAAUAACCAGUAACUGACUUGAUUGGGACUGGAGCUGAAGCAGAAACAGGACAGAUUCACUGGAACUGGACGAAACCAGUUAGUAAUCACCAGCACCUUACUGGGACUGGACCAUAAUGUUCAUCAGAACCAGCUCACUGGUGAGAUGAUGGUUUCACCCUGAAGAAAUGGUUUUCAAUGGAAAAUAUAUAAACUCAAGUUGCUUUGUUUCUAAAAAAAAAACCCCAAAACAUUCUGGGCCAUUUUAAUGAAACUAAAUUUCUUCACAUUUCACCUUCAAACGGACCCGGAAAGAGCUGAAACAUUCCCACCACAUCUGAUUUGUUUCUGAGACCAGUUAAAGCUGCAGUACGUAACUUUUAUAUAAAAAUAUAUCUGUUCUUUUUUUACAUAUGUGUUAAAACUAAUGUAAAACAGAUAAUCUGUGAAAAGAUCCAUCUCCUCCUGAUCCUCCCUGAGCUGCUACUGCUGUCUGAAGAGCCAAAACAACCUCAGAGCUAGGAGGAGGAGCUUAGCGCUGCCAAUCAUCCUCAUGGAGAAACCACUUACUAUUACAGAAAACAGUCAUUAGUUGCUAUGCUAACUAGCCUCAGCAUUCACAACAGGCUGUGCUAGGUGCAGAUGGUGAUUGACAGCGGUAAGACCCGCCUCCUGACUCUGAUAGGUUGUUUCUAGUUUGCACUGGGGAAAAGGAGGAGCUUGAAUUUUUUUUUCCACAUAUCAUCUCUCAAAUCAAACUGGCACCAUAGUGACACUGUCAAGAAAAAAAAAAGAUAUAUGUACAUAAAAGUUACCUACCGCACUUUUAAGUUUUUCAUCAGAUCAAAGAAUAAGUUGAAAUAUUUAGAAGAAAACUAUAAAAUAACUCUCACCAAUCCACCUGAUAGUGAAAACACAGCAUCUGUUUAUUAUAAUUAUUUAUUGUUUGUUCAAACACUUCAUCAUUAUGUUCGUGUUUCUAAAAGUGAUGUGCAAUAACAGAACCAUCAGUUGAUUAAUAAUGUGUAUUUAUGUCUUAUUCAUUAUCAAACGAGUUUAAUUAUGUUUUAUAAUCAGUUGAUAUAAUGAACAAAAUAUUCCAAGAUGAUGGUUUUACAUAUAGCAAUUUAAUUUAAUUUUAAAAUUGUGUAUUUAAAUAAUCAGUGUUGUACAGAUGUGCCUGUUCUUGGCCUGAUUUAUGUUUGUUUCUGUUGUUAAACUGUAAAAAUGAGUAAAAUGUAUCCUGUUUCUCUGUGACUCUUUCAUAAUAAACUGAGUGUUGAAUAAAAGACUGAGUGUUGAGCUGGAA